AUACAUAGUAUUCGUUCAAAACUCGUCCGAAACUCAAUUAUCCGAAAUCUUUUAUCAAAUUAUAUUACAUCCAAAUUCCUAAUAACAUAUAGAAGUAAAUAUAAAUUUUACAUCUCCAUUCAUAUCGGUAUUUGUUACUAUAUCAUAAUCUUCACAUUUAUAACAAAUUAUUAACAAUUUAUAUAUAACGCUUAUAAAGCGUUUUUGAACAACUCGAAAUCAAUUGUGCUCUAAUUAAUCGUUCAGAGUCAUUCAUUCCGUUACUUCAGAAUCAGUUUCCGUGAAUGAGUACAAGUGAAGGCAGCUCCGGCCACUCCGCCGGAGACUUCGCCGCGGUGGCGCCGGAGACGAAGAAGCAGAGCAAGGCGAAAGUGAGCAGAACGUCGAUGAUCCUGUGGCACGCGCAUCAAAACGACGUAGUAGCGGUGCGGAAGCUUCUGGAAGAAGAUGGAGCACUUGUGAAUGCGAGAGAUUACGAUAGUCGAACGCCGCUUCACGUUGCUUCGCUUCAUGGCUUGAUUGAUGUCGCCAAGUGUUUGAUUGAUUUCGGAGCUGAUGUGAACUCGUUCGAUCGCUGGAAGAACACGCCUCUCGCUGAUGCAGAAGGAGCUAAAAAACAUAGCAUGAUUGAGUUAUUGAAGUCGCGUGGUGGCCUAUCGUAUGGUCAAAGUGGAAGCCAUUUCGAGCCAAAGCCUGUUCCGCCUCCUUUACCUAAAAAAUGUGAUUGGGAGAUCGACCCUACCGAGUUGGAUUUCUCGCAUUCAUCUAUCAUCGGAAAGGGUUCUUUUGGCGAGAUUGUAAAAGCAGGUUGGCGUGGAACACCUGUAGCUGUCAAGCGCAUCCUUCCAAGUCUUUCAGACGACAGAUUAGUGAUUCAGGAUUUCAGGCACGAGGUGAAUUUGCUAGUUAAGCUUCGCCACCCUAAUAUAGUGCAAUUUCUUGGAGCUGUUACUGAUCGGAAGCCGUUGAUGUUAAUUACUGAAUAUCUACGAGGGGGUGAUCUUCAUCAGUAUCUAAAGGGGAAGGGUGCACUUAGUCCAGCAAGAGCUGUCAGCUUUGCGUUAGACAUUGCCAGGGGCAUGGCGUAUCUUCACAAUGAGCCCAAUGUCAUAAUACACAGAGAUUUAAAACCCAGAAAUGUUCUUCUCGUCAACUCUAGUGCUGACCAUCUAAAAGUCGGAGACUUUGGACUAAGCAAGCUUAUCAAGGUGAAAAAUUCUCACGAUGUAUACCAAAUGACUGGAGAGACUGGAAGUUACAGGUACAUGGCUCCUGAAGUCUUCAAGCAUCGUAAAUAUGAUAAGAAGGUUGAUGUUUUCUCCUUUGCAAUGAUACUCUACGAGAUGCUUGAGGGUGAUGCACCAUUGUCACACCAUGAACCUUAUGAAGCGGCCAAAUAUGUGUCUGAGGGGCACAGGCCUAUGUUUAGGGCCAAAGGCUAUACUCAAGAAUUAAGAGCCUUGACAGAACAAUGUUGGGCAGCAGAUACGAACAAGAGACCAUCGUUCCUGGAAGUCCUCAAAAGGCUUGAAAAGAUAAAGGAAACUUUACCGGCAGAGCAUCACUGGAAUAUCUUCUCUUCUUGACAUAUCGAGCAUUGCCAGAAUCAAAAUACAGGAGCUUAACAAAGCAGUUCAUACAAAAACGGAAUUCUUCCCUAAUUUAUCUGGGAUGAACUAUUUUCUUUUUAACAUUAGAACGGUUUUUAUAGAGUAUACAUCAGAUUCCUUCAUAUUUAGUUCGAUUCAUUUAUUUUUUCUCCAAGAAGCAAUCAUGUAAAGUUGUAAACAAUACAACCCCAUUGUUUCAAACUUGAUGACUUAGUAUACCUGCUUUAAAAAGAGUUGCGAAGUUACCUAUUGCACUAGACAGGCCAAAUUUAUCUUGUU